CCUCUGCACUCCCCACUCACUUUUGCUUCUCCUUUCCAUACGCAACCUUCACUAUCACUCUGCUUCAUCUUCUUUCUUCUUGCACGGAGCACGCCAUCCCUCUCCUCCUCUCGAUGGAAUACCAAUUUUCAUCUCACAGAAAAGACUCCUAUCUUUCACAUACCUCCUCUCAUUGUCCCGUCCAUCUCUGGGCUGUCGAUCAUACCUCGGCGGAAUCCCAGCUUCGCCGGACUGCUCCAUGUAGCCUUCCCCUUCUCCACCAUCCCUCCGCCACCUCCAUUAUAUUAUCAGUUGUUACCCACUUUUUAAGCGUUCCAACGAUGCCGCGUAAUCCACCAUGGUGGCCAAGUUCUCGAUAAGGUGUACAUGAUCUGGAAUCUCAAUGAGCAAGGACUGGGAGACUUUGAAUUCCGCCAAGGAAGUUUUGGAUACGUUGGGAGCGUCUGAAUAAGGGAAACAACAGAGUCCAGGGAUGCCUCUGGAGGAGUGAAUUCUGCCCCUACCCGUGUUGUCUUCGAUGGAUAUUAAUGGAAAGGUUGAAGCGAUUGGAGCGACCUGAGCAGAAACCCAGCACUCAGCACUCGAAACCCAGCAAUUCCGCUGCGAUUCGGCUGAAUCCAAGCUCCAAAAGCCCCAGAACGACCGCCUCAGCUUCCCAACUUCACCAGCCUCCUCCCGGAUCUGAUUCAAGCUUUACAGAUCUCCCCUCUUACACCAAGGUGUUGCUUACAAUCGAAUCAAUUAGGUGAAGCCAGGGUGAUGAUGGCCAUGCUGUGAGUUUGUUAAAAGCCUUCACCUUGCGUGGGGGAACAAAAAAGAAGAAGAAGGAAAGAAAAACCAGAGAUGAUGCCCAUGGAACUCGAUAGCGGCAGGUAAUUAUUUGGAAUUUCUCACCAUUACUUAUUUGGAUUUUAUUUCAGUUUUAUCUUUGCCUUUUUCUACUGCUCAGAAACGUCAAUGCUUCUAUUGGGUUUGAGAAGAUGAUGGGUUUUCUAGAAUUGGAGGGAGGCAAGUGAGGGUUUGGAGAGAUCUAUAUUACCACAAAAUAGCCUUUUGUUUUGGGGUUUAAAUCCAAUUUGGCGAUCCAAUUAGUUUCAUGCUUCUAGAGCCAAUUUCCUAUUCUUUUUCGCUUACUUGACCGCUCAGAGAACAAAUGGUUUCUUUUGGAACCUAGGGUUGGUUUGGACUCUAAGCUGCCAUUCAUUUUUCGCAUCUCCUUUCUGCUUCUCAACCAAACUUCUUGGCCAUUCUUGCUUUGAUGCCUAUUGGUACUCUCAGCUGCUAUUCUGUUUUCAUAUCUCCUUUCUGUCCAUUCUCAAGCAUGGUUGUGUUUUUAGUUUCUUGAUUUGGCAAAUCUUAAUACCUUGGCCACUACUGUGUUUUACUUACUAGCUUUGUUGCCUCUCUAUGCUCUUGCUUAUUUCUAGGUUCAAGAUUUAUUGCUUCUGGACUGUGUGGACGCCAACACAGCAAAGGAGAAUCACACCAAGCAGCACUUGCAUCCACUUCUAUUUUGCGACUCUUUUCAUGAAAGUAGUCAUUUUUACACUUUCGAUUUCCUUACUUUAUAGUAAUGCUUUUUGGUUAGGUGACAAGGUUAGUUUUGAUUUUCUUCUCAUUGACUCAUGAGUUCGUAUAUACCUUUAGUAGUUGUGAAAUGUUGAUGCCAUAUUUAUUAAGGAACCAACAGUUUGAAAUGCUUGAUCAUUUACCUUUGCUUCCAGAUUAUUAGUUCUCAUCAAAUCACAUUCUUACUGUAGUUGACUGUACAAUCCCAUCUUUUUCAGCUCUUGAAGUUAUCAAGGAAGUGCUCAUAUUCACUGUCUGAUACUGAUCGAGGGAAACAAUAUCUUUGUUGUUUUCUGUUACAGCCUUAGUAAGUGUUUCAACUCUUGGAUCGAAGCGCUUGAUUAUUUCAGUGUUGCUGGUUCUUUUUAGUUGUUUCUCAUGUUCAUGAUCAAGUUCCAAAUUAAAGUAGUAAAUUUAUAAAUACUUAGAAGUACUUUAGAUUUGCUUGGCAUGGUUGCUUCAGAUGUUUAGGAUAUGAGCUUUUAAGGGUCUUCUACUUGCAAAUUUCAUUUAGUCUUUGUGUAAAAUGAUGUUUGAAUUCGCCUCUGGUGUGUGAAAAGUUAUAGAUUGCUGGGAGGUGAGAAUUCUUCUCUAGGUCCUGCUCUCAUUAUUAACUAUGAGUUACCUGUAGAACUCUUCCAGAUUUGCUUGCAGUUCUCCCAUUUCAAUUUAGGCAAUUUCUUUACUUGGAAGCAAAACUUUUGCGUAAUAAAGAACAUGUUCCACAUGCUUGUGUUUUUAUUAUCUAGGACCUGCAUUGUUAUUUUAUAGAUACUUAAGCUCAUUUUCGCAUUUGAUAAGGUAUAUCUUUAGUGACCAUUUCAAUCUGUUUUAUGUUCAUUUGCAGCUUAUAUUAGUUUUUUAUAUGGAUACCAACAUGGGAUUUGGAGGCUAUCUUGCUUUGACGUGAUGCCCUGUUGCAGAAAGGCCACGUUAAAAUAGUGCAAGUUUUCACAAUGUCAACAGAUUGGAUGGCAAAAGAUUGGUUUUUUAAUAUCCUCACUAAUGCAAUUUGUUUUCAAUCAUGCCCAUACUUUUUUACCUGCAUAACCUGCUACCCUUAACACCGGUUCCUAUUGUGCAUGUUUUAACUGCAAAGUUAGUCUAGAAUCGACCUUCUUCUUGCUGUAUUCUGAGUGCCAGCUGUUCUUGCUCUUCGAUCCUAAGCUGCCGCAUUAUGAUCCCCAGGCAGUUCAAGAACUUAUAUGAUCGCUGCCUUUUUGAAGCUCGAACCUGCAUACCUGUAGAUUGUAUAGUAGGUGUUCGAGUCAUCUGUUAAUUGCUAGACUAUGUUUUGUUGGGAGCCUUCCCAUUAUGAAAAAUACUCAUUGUCGGUUAUGGAGUUCCAGGCUACAGCCAAUUUGCAUAAUUAUUGACCUGGUACUUCGCCUACAAACCUUAUUCUCCUUCCUUUCCCUUUCAAUCUGAGUCGUGUACUACUAUUCACAGGUUUGCUUGGCCCUUUGCUCUUUAAUUGUGAGAACACACACAACGUGGAAGCCAACCUGUGGGCACAGUCUGUAAUGUAUUUUGUAAUAUGCUUUUAUAGACAACAAUCCUGGCAUGACAAACGAAUCUAUUCACAGACUUCUUUAUUAACUUUUUAUGCCAUCUAAUGCUUUGAUUAAUUACGUAUGUCCUACUUACCUUAGAAAUACAAUGAAUUAGUGUUAUUCAAUUGAAACUUAUAUUAUGAUUCAUACAAAAUGAUAUUAUGGUUUCGUUUAUGCGCAAAGGGUUAUGGUUUCGCUUAUGCGCGAAGCGUAGCGAGCGGGUCUCUGCUAGUUUAUAUAGAAUGAACACUUGUCAACUUUACUAGAAUCCUAGUCUGAACCAGACAGAUCACAAGCCUUUGCUUACGUGUUAGGUUGAGAUCACAUUAAUUAAAGCCACUCACCCCAUUACCCAACCAUGGUGAGAAUGAAUAGAGGGUUCCCAUUGGCCAGAAUUGCGGUUCAGUUGUAUAGUUUGGUGGAUAAUCUCCUAAAUUAUCCCAAUCCCGCGUAGAAGGGCAGAAAGAAGCAAAUAACCCAUUGUUUCAUGACAGGAAUUAGGUGAAUGUCACCAUUGAAAUGAAAUGAAAGCAACUCCUCUGUUCCUUAUCAAAGUUUUCAUGCAAAGAGACAGAAGAGUGUAGGCGCAACCAUGGUGAUCUGCUUGCUGCUAUUACUGUGUGUAACCUUCUUCCAACAACUCGAGUUAUUGGGACCAACUGGUUUAUGACAUUAGACAACUCAUUCAACUUAUGAAUCAUCAUGAUGGUAUCUUGCCUAAAAUAUCAUCAAUAUAAAGUAGAAGGACGUUGAAGUUAUCAUCGGAAAUCUUUUGUAGUUAUGAACAUCCACAAACGAAUCAAAAGUAUGGCUUCAAGCAAUAAAGACGGUCCUUCAAUUGUCAAGUCAUGUUUCUUUCUCCUUAACUUCACUACACAUUUUUAACCGUGUAAAUACUCUACUCAACAUCUAGAGAAACUAAUAGUUCUAUUACAGCUCGAAUGAAUCGCAUCUUCAUCAUUGAAGAAAGCGUAACAUCGACA